AUGUACAAACGUAUGUGCGUGCUUUUAAUAGUGAUGAGUUGGAUAGCGGACACGAAGACCGUGAGUUACCAGCCUUCGCUGAACAGCAUUGCGAAAUCAGAGUGCUCAAGCUGUAACGACGAUGAACUGGGCGUUACGCGAUGGACGAUGCCCUUACUGAAGACUGGAGAGAAGCGGUACUACCUAGGAAUAUUCUUCAAGGCGAAUUGGUUCAAAGCGCAGCAGUACUGCCGUUUUCACGGUAUGCACCUUGCCUCCAUCUCGUCACAAGAAGAAAACGACAAGCUUGAGAAAUACGUGAAGGACUCAGGCUACGGGCGCGAACACUUCUGGACGUCGGGCACCGACUUGGCCGAGGAGGGCAACUUCUUCUGGAUGGCCAACGGCCGCCCGCUCACCUUCGUCAACUGGAACGCGGGUGAGCCGAACAACUUCAGAUACGAGAACGGCGAGGAGGAAAACUGCCUGGAGCUAUGGAACAGGGACGACAAGGGCCUCAAGUGGAACGACUCCCCGUGCUCCUUCGAGACCUUCUUCAUCUGCGAAGUGCGAUCAGAU